GACAUAGUCGUUUGCAUUUUGCGAGCGGCAAAGCGAGUUCAGAGUUUCUGUGCGAAUGUUUAAUCAGAAUUAAUCCUCGAAUAAUAUGAAGAAAGCCAAGCCACUGCUGCACGACCAUCUGAUAACAAUCCGAGUGAAGAAGUACCUCGAGGAGCAUAUUGGAGAGACCUACCUGGAUGUGAAGCAAAUGACCAGGGAGUUGAUGCAAAAGUAUCCGGAAUACUCACGUCGCAAAUUCGGUCCCUUCAGGCAAUUAGUGCACCAAGCAUUUGCCGUAAUCUCGGAUAGCUAUAACUUGGACAAGGUAAGCAGCUCGGAGGAGGAGUGCAUUAGCGAGGAAUUGGACGCACCACCCGACAACAGUCUAAUGAGCAAUAUGAUGAACAGCCUUUACACUCAACCAAGGAAGCCGCUGGCUGCCAAGCCAAUUAGCGAACCCAUCGAUAUAUCCAGUGGGGACGAAAACGACGAUGACUCCAAUGCGAACACUACCAACGGAGAUGGGCCAGCUCCUGUUCCAACAGGUGUUAAGCCCAACGCUUUAAAACGCAUAAUGGAUGAUUUGCCUGAGACCACGACAAUUCCUAAGAAAUCAGUUAAACCGAAUACAAUUCAAGGUUGUGGUCCGGAUACAGCACAAAAACUUAUUCAAGGGAUGGGUCACAGGGGGAAGAAUCACUGUGAAACUGCUGUGUCCUCCAAAGAACAUCGUAGUGCGGCCGGGGUGUACCAACAGCUUCAUCAAAACCCCAAGAAGUACAAAAAAGAGCUGGAGGUGCAGCACACUACGGAAAGUUUUAGGGACAUUGGCGGUAUGGAUAGCACAUUGAAGGAGCUAUGCGAGAUGCUAAUCCACAUCAAGUCACCCGAGUUCUAUUUUCAACUGGGUCUUUUGCCCGCAAGAGGUCUUUUACUGCAUGGGCCGCCCGGAUGCGGCAAAACCUUUUUAGCUCAUGCUAUAAGUGGGCAAUUAAAAAUGCCGCUGUUGGAAGUGCCGGCAACAGAGUUAAUUGGUGGCAUCUCUGGAGAGUCCGAGGAGCGCAUACGCGACGUCUUUGAACAGGCAAUGGGAUACUCGCCCUGUGUGCUCUUUAUAGACGAGAUCGAUGCCAUUGGUGCAAACCGACAGUGGGCGUCUAAGGACAUGGAGCGCCGCAUUGUGUCGCAACUGAUAAGCAGCUUGGAUAACUUAAAGGCCAAUGAGUUUGGUCAGUCUGUGGUCGUUAUAGGGGCCACCACUCGACCCGAUGUUCUAGACCCUGGUCUACGUCGAGUCGGUCGUUUUGAUCAUGAAAUUGCCAUACACAUACCGUCGCGCAAGGAGCGUCGUGAAAUCUUGCGCAUCCAGUGCGAGGGUUUGUCCGUCGAUCCAAAGCUUAAUUAUGAUAAGAUUGCAGAGCUGACACCUGGUUAUGUUGGCGCUGAUCUGAUGGCUCUGGUCAGCCGGGCAGCUUCUGUGGCUGUAAAACGUAGGUCUAUGAAAAAGUUCCGCGAACUGCAUGCUGCAAGCGAGAAGAACAUGACCACGGUUACUUUGGAUGACGAUGAUCCCAGCGAGGAGCCACAUGAAAGUGCUGAAUCUAAAACUGAGGCUGAGCCGAAAGGUGACAAAGAAAAGGAAAAAGAGAAGGAAAAAGAAAAGGAAAAUAAUAAAAUAGAUGCAGAAGAAAAAGAGAAAUCGGAUGGUGACAAGGAAGUACCCGAUAAUAAGAAAACCGAGGACGAAACACCCAAACCUAAAACCCCCAAGAAAGCGACCAAUGGAAAAUCUCCUAAGAAACAAUCCGUUGCAGCCAUGGAGGUGGAUGAUGAACCCGAUAAGGAGCCAGAGAAAUCCGUGGAGCGGGAAGCUGAUUCCUCUAACGACGAAUACUACGAACCCACUCUGGCUGAGCUGACCAACUUUCUGGACAAUCCGCCCGAGGAGUUUGCCGAUCCGAAUUUCUGCCUCACUCUUAUUGAUUUUAUCGAUGCCAUUAAGGUGAUGCAGCCUUCGGCCAAGCGCGAGGGCUUUAUUACAGUGCCGGACACUACCUGGGACGAUAUUGGUGCGCUGCAGACAAUUCGCGAAGAACUUAAGCUGGCCGUUUUGGCGCCAGUUAAGUAUCCAGAGAUGCUAGAACGUCUUGGACUAAAUGCACCCUCUGGCGUUCUUCUUUGCGGUCCACCAGGUUGCGGAAAAACUCUUUUGGCCAAGGCUAUUGCCAAUGAGGCUGGUAUAAAUUUUAUAUCGGUAAAGGGACCCGAGCUAAUGAACAUGUAUGUUGGUGAAAGCGAGCGUGCUGUGCGAGCCUGCUUUCAACGUGCUCGUAACUCUUCACCCUGCGUCAUAUUCUUUGACGAGUUUGACUCCUUGUGUCCCAAACGAUCGGAUGGUGGGGAUGGCAACAAUUCCGGAACCCGUAUUGUCAACCAACUGUUGACCGAAAUGGAUGGCGUCGAGGAGCGCAAGGGUGUAUACAUACUGGCCGCCACCAACAGACCUGAUAUCAUUGAUCCGGCCAUUCUGCGUCCGGGUCGCCUGGACACCAUUCUUUAUGUCGGUUUGCCCGAGCAGAGUGAACGUGCAGAGAUUUUGAAAGCCACAACCAAGAACGGAAAGCGUCCGUUGCUAGCCGAAGAUGUAAAUAUCGACGAGAUUGCUGCUAAAACUGAUGGAUACACUGGUGCAGAUUUAGCAGGACUGGUUAAGCAGGCCUCUAUGUUUUCCCUGCGCGAAGCCCUAAACGUUGGUGACACAAAACUCGACGAUCUGUGCGUACGCAAUCAGCAUUUUAACGAGGCUUUGCAGCAGCUUCGACCCUCAGUUAACGCCCAGGACCGCAAAGUAUACGAUAAACUGCGCCUGAAAUACGCUGCACCCAGGGUACCCACCUUUGAUGAUAAGUAACGCUCUCAACAAUAAUGGAUUUGUUGUCUUAGUCAAUAAGCUCACUUGCAAAUCAAAAAUAAUUUGAUUGCGAGAAAACACAAACGUAUGAUUUAUAAAACAAAAACCAUGUUACCCAGGAACUAAUUAAUUUCCUUAAAAUUGUAAGCCUACCAUUUAAAAUGAGUAGAGAACGGAAUGCAUUUUGGCUUUUAAAUGAAAAGGGUUCCAUAUGAAUGUUUAAAUAUAUCAGAUUAAUGGUA